GAAACAACUGAGCAACUAUGGACGGACCUAAACUGAAGCCUAACGAGGUUAACCUUGGAACGACUAUUAUGGCUGUUCAGUUUGCGGACGGUGUGGUUGUGGCAGCAGACUCUCGGACAACUAUGGGCUCCUAUAUUGCCAAUCGAGUCACUGAUAAGCUUACCCAGAUACACGAGCGUAUUUUUUGUUGUCGUAGUGGAUCUGCUGCAGACACACAGGCCGUUGCCGAUAUGGUACACUAUCAGUUGCAGGUGUUUAGCGUCACAGAGGGAGUUUUACCCAAAGUUGAGACUGCUGCAAAUAUGUUUCAGCGCAUUGUCUACGAAAACAAGGAUCGACUGAUGGCGGGAAUUAUCGUUGCUGGGUGGGAUCCUGUCAAUGGACCAUCUGUUUACUCUAUUCCUCUUGGCGGGUCUCUUCAUAAACGACCAUUCACUAUUGGUGGAUCUGGAUCUUCGUAUAUUUAUGGUUAUUGUGAUGCCACGUUCAAGGAUGACAUGACUCGGGAAGAAGCUAUUCAAUUCACCAAAAAUGCUGUUUCACUUGCCAUGUCGAGAGAUGGAUCUUCUGGAGGCACAAUUCGUCUAGCCAUCAUUACCAAAGAUAACGUGGAACGUAUAUUUGUUCCUGGAAAUGCCUUGCCCACUUUUUGGGAAGGCUAGGCUUGUUGAUAUGGUACUGAAUGAUGAUCCCAUAUAUACACUUGCUCUUUGGCUGCUUUUUUUUGGAAAAGUGGAUUCCCUUUUCC